AUGGCUGCAAAUAGGACUUGGGGGUUCUUUUUUAUGGUUAAGUUCUUGAGUUUAUGUUUGAUCUUUAGGCUCACAGGUUCCCAAUCACCACCUGCAUAUUGGAAUGCAGCCCAUGCAACUUUUUAUGGUGACAUGAAUGGGACUGAAACAAUGAUGGGAGCUUGCGGUUAUGGUGAUCUUAUAAAACAAGGUUAUGGCCUUGAAACAACUGCCUUAAGUACAGCUCUCUUCAAUAACGGUCUGACCUGCGGAGCCUGUUUUGAAAUCCGGUGCUAUGACUCGGUACAAUGGUGUCUAAACGACACCAUCAUUGUAACUGCUACGAACUUUUGCCCUCCGAACUACAGCAAACCUGAAGGAAACUGGUGCAAUCCACCAUUGCAACACUUUGAUCUAUCCCAACCGAUGUUUCGCAAGAUUGCUGUUUAUAGAGCUGGCAUUGUUCCUGUCCUGUAUAGACGUGUUCCUUGUGUAAAAUCAGGUGGUGUUAAGUUCAAAAUCAACGGAAGCCAGUACUGGAUACUGAUAUUAGUGUACAAUGUGGCAGGCGCUGGUGACGUUGUAGACGUUAAGAUCAAGGGUUCAAGUACGAGUUGGAUUCAAAUGUCGCGGAAUUGGGGCCAGAAUUGGCAAACUUCGACUAAUCUUAUCGGCCAAAGCUUGUCUUUUCAAGUAACUACGAGUGACGGUAAGAUGGUGCAGUCUGAUGAUGUUGCGCCGGCUGAUUGGAAAUUCGGUGGUGUUUAUGAAGGCAAACAGUUUUAA